AUGAGCGAACACGACCAGUCUCGCAGCACUGCCCUCGAUAUUCGACCCAUUGAUACUGUGCAAGUUUUUCGUACACAACAUCACGCCGGUCUAAGCCCCAGAGCUCCCAAUAUCAUCAGCACGAUCUUUGCUCCGGUGACUGCGAACGCAGUGAUGGUCUAUGGCGUGUGCAGCAAACUUCCCCAUCUCUGUGAGACGCAGUGGGGAAUUGCGUUAGGUUCAUCCCUGAGUUUGGCAGCCUUUGCCAUCUAUGACCACUGGUAUUAUGGCCGACGCGAGCGAGCGAAUGAUCUGCAAGAAUCAAUCAACAGUGUCAAAAAAUCGAACCAUGAUAUCAAUAUGCUAAAAUAUCAAGAAGAGAAAGCCAAAAACGAAGUUGCUAUUCAGGCGUGGGACCUUUUCGAUAAAGAGCAGAACGCUAGAAAACGAACAUGGCAGUACACUUGGAAGCCUAAAUUCGAGAGCUAUAAAACUAUAGCCACCAAUCCCGCAAUGGCCUCCUUGAUUGAAAAAGCAGAGGAUUUGAUGGACAAGACUAUCAAGGCCGAGGACGAUUUUAUAGAGAACAAGAAGCGUGCUGUGACACUUCAGCAAUUAACGGACGGAGAGGAAGGCGUUCUUCAUUGGACCGCCUUGCUCAAACUGGAACAGGAAGCCGAGGAGGCAGUCACGGCCCUCGAAAAGGCAUUGCAAGAAGCGUCAGCCGCGUUUCAAAAUUCUUGGCUAGACGUGAAAAAGGCCAACGAUGACACAAUUUCCGCAAAUUCUCAGUCGAGGAGGUCGGUGGCUCGACGGAUGUUAGAAUAUAACAAGCCCCGCCUGCUUAUCGAAACGAACACGAACUGCGAUGCCCAAUAUUGUCAUCGGAUAUGGCACAUGCCGUCGACUCCGGACCUAAGGACAAAGCGCAACAUCGGGGACACCGAAUCCGACGUUAUCCAUAAUAUUUAUUUUACUCCCCUGAAUUACGGAUUCGAUGAGCAUCAUCUUUUGCAGCGCCGUCUUCCUCCUGUCUGGGAUGAUAAUUAUAAUGAAGAUUUUGUUGAAGAUUGCACCGAUACUGCCGAUCUCGACGGCCGCGAGAUCCCUAUUCGAAUAGCUGCCAUGUGGGGUGGUGACUUUGAGAGCUUGGAAUCAAUCGCUAAACUGGGCAAGGCCAAUAUACUCGACCUUCGAAAGGCGCUUUCGAAGGACACAAACUUGAUAAUGCUUGGCACGGGAGAUUGGGCAUGCCUGAACACCGAUUACGACCACGAGGGGAAACCAGCAACCAGAGCCGCUGUAAUUGUCACCGACGAUGAGGAGAAGUUGCAUGAAAAUGCCACACCCAUACUCGAAAAAUGCAAGGGUAUCCUCGCGGAUGAGUAG